GACAAUAUCGUAGCAUUAAAUGCUAGCAAGGACACAAUCUCUGUUAACCUUGAUAAAGUGGCUAUUACCUGCUUAUCACAGCGGUAUGAUAACAGACACUAGUCCAGCGGGUAAUAACACACACUGACACAGCAUCUAACGCUCAUAACGCAACACCUAAUGCUAGGUAACGUUCACAUUAGCUUGGCGGCUAAGGCUAACUUCUUAGCUUGCUACACAGCUAACACUAACACAGCGUAAGCUAGCUAACGCUAACCAUCAUCCAGGCAACGAUGAACCAGCUCCAGUGUGAUGACACCGACCCGAGAGAGCAGCAGCGUCCCGGCGAGCUCAGCAACACAACGGGUGACAGGCGGCUCGUACCUCACAGAUGUGGUGUGGUGGUCUGGGACAUUGUCCAUGGCUGUCGGUCAAAUUGGGAAUUUCCUGGCGUACAAUGUGGCCCCUGCUGUGAUAGUGACACCACUGGGAGCCCUGGGAGUGUUGUUUGGGGCGGUGCUGGCCUCUUGGAUCUUGAAGGAGAAUUUAAAUAUCCUGGGAAAGCUUGGCUGUGUGUUAUGUUGCUGUGGCUCCGUUGUGCUCAUCAUCCAUGCCCCUAAAGCAGUGGCUGUAACGUCGAGACUGGAGUUAGAGAUGAGGCUAUUUGACCCAGUGUUUGUGCUUUAUGCCCUCUUGGUGGUCCUGUUGCUGGUCGUACUAAUCGUGUGGAUUGCUCCAGCUCACGGCUCAUCAAACAUCAUGGUGUACGUUGCCAUAUGUUCCCUCUUGGGAAGCUUCACAGUUCCGAGCAGCAAAGGACUUGGUCUCGCUGCACAGGACGUCUUUGGAGAAGGGCCCCCGAGCAGCAGAGCUGUGGCUCUCUUCCUGGGUUUGCUGGGGACGUUGGCCGUCAGCAUCCUGAUACAGUUUGUCUUCAUCAACAAGGCCUUGGAGUGUUUCAGCUCCAACACCUUCGAAGCCAUAUACUAUGUGACCUUUACGUCCACUGUAAUUUUUGCUUCUGCUCUUCUCUUCAAGGAGUGGACUGCACUAACUUUAACUGACAGUCUUGGCAUGCUUUGUGGUCUGGCGACAGUGUUUGUCGGGGUCGUUUUGCUCCGCAUUUCCCAAGAGGCUUUGAUCACUUGGAAGAAGAAGACUGAUUGAGAUGCCUUCGUAUGACUUUUGCCAAACUGCAUUUCUUAUACCACUAUGAGAGAUUUGUCCUGUGCAAACUUCAGUUCAAGUGACCAAAGCAACAGUAUAUUUAUUAUAACUACUUUCACCAACAUUAUACUUGAGUGCUUGCGGUUCCUUGUGAGCAGUUCUUAGUUACUGUGUAAUAAUAACCAUUCCUUUUUUAAUUUUCAUUAAUAUUCACAACUGCAGCACUCAUCAUGUGACUGUCACUUCCCCUCUAACAGCUUUCAAACAGCACACUCAAAUAUAGCUUGGGGAGCAGUUAAUUUGUCAACUUCACACACUAAUUUAAACCAAACACUGGUGCUUGGUUAAAUAGGAACUGAAAAUAAUUUUGUUUACUCUCAUGUAGAGUGUUACCCUCACGGCUUUAAUGUUCUCCUAUCGCUGAACUGUAUCAGUGUGGAAUCGCCUACACUUUGACUUAUUCAGUGUGCCUCUGAGUCUGAAUUAUUCAGUGUCAUUUCAGAAGCAGUGUCUUUAGUGCCGGACUUGUGUAGAAGAUGACAUUCAACAAUGACUGAAUCUUUUAAUGGAGGGAUUUGUAAAGCUGAUAUGACAAAUAUGAACUUUUGCUCUGGAGCCAUUAGCUGUUGUGUCAUGAUGUGUUGUGCCUACAUGUUGUUAACAAGUAAUUAAAACAUAAUUGAGAUUA